UUAUCCUAACACCGAAAAUAUGGCGUCGAUCGUUCGUGCUGUCAAAGUUUGUAGAAGUUCCGUUUACAAUGUAAUCCGAUGUACACAUUCACAUUCAGGAGUGCACCAUGGUUUCCCUGAGUCAUCAUUUCCAAAAAUUACAACACAUUACACUGUCAACCCAAGAGAAAAUGAUACAAGAUGGGCAGAUGUUGACAUGGAGAGGUUUGCAGAUGAGGCAGAUGUUGUCAUUGUCGGCGGAGGACCAGCAGGUCUCUCUGCAGCUUGUAGACUUAAACAGUUAGCUAAUGAACAAGAAAAAGAACUCAGAGUUUGUCUUGUUGAAAAGGCAGCAGAAAUUGGUGGUCACACGUUAUCAGGGGCAUGUAUAGAAACAAGAGCACUUGAUGAACUCUUCCCAGACUGGAAAGAAAGAGAUGUGAGGAGUUUUAAGUCUAUAGCCUUAUAAUAUAGAGAGAUUAUUUAUGUUUUAAUUCCUUUUAAAGGUGGUCAGUCACAUUUAAACAACAUUUAAUGACAUUUUUUUCUUUUUGUGUAUUCUGGUAGAGAAUUAUUUAAGGAACAAAAAGACCGAUUACAUAGAGUUAGAUUCCUAUUUGAAAUGUAUAUUUUAUUAUUUUUUAUAAAAUUUUGUAAUUACUCCCCUUUAAUAUGAAAGUAUAUAAAAAGCUGGGUAUUCCUUUUUAUUUCGAUACAAUGUCUAGUUUUACAUUUGCAUUUGAUAGACAUAUCAACUAUUGAACAAUCUGAACCAAAAUGCAAGUUUAAAAGCUGUGUGUAGCUUCUGAAUUCAUUUAUUUCCAAUCUAUCUUGGUUGCGCAACCAAGAUAGGCAAAGGGAGGUAAUAAUAAUUUUUCAAACUUGCAUUUCUAAUGAAUUCCAUCUAAAUACGUAAUUUUUAAUGCAAAUAUUUUACAAAUAUAUUACAAUACGGUAUGUCUAAUAUUUAUACAUUUCCUUAGGCAAAGUAUGUUUAUCAAAUUUAUACUUUAAUAUGAUAAAAUAACUCUAUCUUGGUUGGGCAACCAGGAUAGGAAAAUGAAAUUUUAAAAAUACCUCCAGUGAAAAUCUAAUUUGUAUUAAGUGUUAAGUGAACAUAAAUGAGUGUAAAUGAUCAGAUGCUAAAGUUUCGAACAAAUCCGUUACAUGGCCAAAAUCUGAUUAUCCACCUUUAAUUAGUUUCAAGAAUUACGCAAGUCUAGUUUCUACUGUACCAUUUUUAAGUUUUUAGUUAAUCCCCCGCCGUGGCGGAGGGAUUAUAGGAAUGGUCUGCGUCCGUCCAUCCGUCCGUCCGUCCUUCCAUCCCUCCUUCUGUCGUCCGUCCUUCCGUCCGUAACAAAAUCGUGUCCGGUCCAUAUCUCCUAAACCCCUUGAAGGAUUUUCAUGAAACUUGGGUCAAAUGAUCACCUCAUCAUGACGAUGUGCAGAACCCAUGAGUCAGCCUUGUAAGUUCAAGGUCAAGGUCACAACUCAAGGUCAAAGGUUUGAGCCUGCCAUUUUGUGUCCGCUCUAUAUCUCCUAAACCCUUUGAAGGAAUUUUAUAAAACUUGGGUCAAAUGAUCACCUCAUCAAGAUGAUGUGCAGAACCCAUGAUUCAGCCAUGCCGGCUCAAGGUCAAGGUCACAACUCAAGGUCAAAGGUUUGAGCCUUCCAUUUUGUGUCUGCUCUAUAUCUCUUAAACCCUUUGAAGGAAUUUUAUAAAACUUGGGUCAAAUGAUCACCUCAUCAAGACGAUGUGCAGAACCCAUGAUUCAGCCAUGCCGGCUCAAGGUCAAGGUCACAACUCAAGGUCAAAGGUUUGAGCCUUCCAUUUUGUGUCCGCUCUAUCAUCUCUUAAACCCCUUGAAGGAAUUUUGUAAAACUUGGGUCAAAUGAUCACCUCAUCAAGACGAUGUGCAGAACCCAUGAGUCAGUCAUGCCGGCUCAAGGUCAAGGUCACAACUUAGGGUCAAAGGUUUGAGCCUUCCAUUUUGUGUCUGCUCUAUAUCUCCUAAACCCCUUGAAGGAAUUUUAUAAAACUUGGGUCAAAUGAUAACCUCAUCAGAACGAUGUGCAGAACUUAUGAGUCAACCAUGCCAGCUCAAGGUCAAGGUCACAACUAAGGGUCGAAGGUUUGAGCCUUCCAUUUGGUGUCCACUCUGUAUCUCCUUAACCCCUUGAAGGAUUUUCAUCAAACUUGGGUCAAAUGAUCACCUCAUCAAGAACUCAUGAGUCAGCCAUGUCAACUCAAGGUCAAGGUCACAACUGAAGGUCAAAGGUUUCAGCUCUGUAUCUCCUAAACCCCUUGAAGGAUUUUCAUGAAACUUUGGUCAAAUGAUCACCUCAUCAAGACGUUGUGCAGAAUUCAUGAAUCAGCCAUGUCAGUUCAAGGUCAAGGUCACAGCUAAAAUCAAAGGUUUACCCUUUCACUAUCCAUAGCAGUGGCGGGGGAUUUAGCUGUCUUUCAGACUGCCUUGUUUCAUUAGCAUACAUCUUUGCGAGUUUCAAAAGAGACUUCUUUUUUGUUGGGAUAUGAUUUUUUUCUUGCCUACAUACAUUUGUACUUCAAAAAUGAAAUAAAUGAGAAAAAGUUAUAUAUUCAUGGGCCAUGGCACAACCAUGAAGAUUAGAAUAAUAAUGAUUGUAAGUAUGCAGUCAUAGUUCUUUCUAGGGAAGGCAGUAAUGUUCUGACAUAGUCCUCAUAACGAAAUCAUUUUGAACAAAGUUUUACAGUUUGAAGGAUAUGGUUGCCCAUGUUUUUGGUAAUGGAUGCUCAUAUAUGGUAUCCAUAUGAAAUAUGUAGACGAGUUCAAAUUCAGAUACUUCUUAAAUAUCUACAGCAAGAGCAAAAAUAAUGUUGUUUUAGAGAAAAGUUCACUCAUGUCAUGACAAAAAUGUAUUUUAUUUAAAUUCAAUUUCAACAAUAUUUAAAACCUUUGUUUUACAUGCAGGUCGUAAGUUGUCUUUUUUCUGGAUUGCUAUUUAAAGCUGCAUGAUCUGUGUGCCAGGAAAACAAGUUUUAAACUUUAAGCUUACCAUUCCUUGCUUCAUAUUAGUCCUAUCCCUUUGCUUUGUGAGAUCUGUUAAAUCCUUGUAUAGUUUCUUUUCAUUUUUACAACAUUCAGGUUGUAAGUUUCUUUCAGCAGAUGAAAUGAACUUCUUCUUGUCAUUAUUUAUUUCGAUUCUUAUUUUACUUACUUUCGUAUUAGGACUGUUUAUCAGUACAACAGUACCAACCACAUCACACACCACUUGCAUGGUAGCCUUUCUGGGCUUUCUGUAACAACACAGCUAUUAAAUGAACACCUGAAUACAAGAAUACAAGUAAAUGUGUCUGUAGGGCCUAUUUUGAGCAAAUUAUAAAUUCUGAAAUUUACGAAAAAUGCCAAAGUUUAUUUUGCUCUGUUGUUUUUUGUUGUUUUUUUUGCAAAGAUUU